CUAAAAUCUUACCAAGUCAUCUCUCUCUUCAACGUACAACUCCCGUCCCAAACUUUAACGGCAACCUUCCCCUGCUUUUCCCUUCCUUCCGUACUGCAGUUGAGCAAAUUCUGGAAUGGUGAUGGUGGUGGAAUCUCAUCGUGACCCUGACAUUGCCAAUUCGAAUUCGGGCCAAAAGGGAACUCAUCCUGCGUCUGAAGACACGGUUUCGAGGAGCUACAGCGGUCGUGUGGCUUCCACAAUGGGAGACCCUUGUAUUUCCUGCACUACUUUCAACAUCCUUGCUCCUAUCUACAAGCGACUUGACAAAGAGAAUCAGAGCGCACGCGAAAGUGAUUUUAGAGCGUUAUGGUUUGCUAGGAAUCAAGGGAUUUUGGAUUGCUUGCUCUAUCAAAGAUCUUCCAUUAUAUGUCUCCAGGAGUUUUGGGUUGGAAAUGAAGAACUGGUACAGAUGUACCAGGAGAGUUUAGGUGAUGCCGGAUAUGACAUGUUCAAGCUUGCAAGAACCAACAACCGAGGAGAUGGUUUGUUAAUGGCUAUACACAAGGACUACCUUAGGGUUCUAAAUUAUCGCGAGUUGCUCUUCAAUGGCUUUGGAGACAGAGUUGCUCAGUUGUUACAUGUUCAAUCAGUUCUCCCUUUUCCACAGGGCCAAAAGGGGGAGAUUAAACAAGAAAUUCUUAUUGUGAACACCCACCUCUCAUUUCCUCACGAUUCCAGUUUGUCCAUUGCAAGAUUGCAUCAGGUUUACAAAAUAGUACAGUAUCUGGAAACAUAUCAAAGUGAAAACAAACUUAGCCAUAUACCCAUCAUACUCUGUGGGUAAGACUCAUGUUUGCUUUCUUAGUUUGAUGAUUUACCUUAGU